AUGUCAAGAAGGCUUAAGAAAACGCAUUUAUUCAGCAAGGAUGUGGCUGCCUUGAUGUAUGCAUAUGGUGACGUGGCUCAACCACUACCGGAAUCUGUACAAUGCCUGGACGAGCUGGUGUCGGGAUAUCUGGUAGAUAUCUGUAUGUCAGCAUAUAGAACAGCGCAAACAGUACACAGGAACAAAAUUAAAGUGGAAGACUUCAAGUUUGCUCUGCGUAAAGACGAAGUGAAGCUCGGCAGAGCGGAGGAAUUGAUCAAACUCAGUAAAAUUAUAACGGACGCCAAAAAACUGUUUAAUUCGUCUGAGGGCAAAACGGUAAAGCGUGCUCGAGAUAUGGGCGAGUUUAAUGAUGACGAGGGUGAUGAAGAUGUAGAAGAUGACCAGGAUCAGGAAACAGAGAAAGUGGCUGAACGCAUCGAGAAGAAGGAAACAGGGCGGAAAAAGAGAAAAACUAAGAAGAAGAACCAAGAAACUUGA